AUGUCUGAAAGCGCUGCCUGGCCCCUUGCCGAUCAGAAGCUCGAGCAGGAGCUUCUCGAUCUUGUUCAGUCUUCUCAGCAUGCUCGCCAGCUGAAGAAGGGUGCCAACGAGGCCACCAAGACCCUGAACCGUGGUGUUUCUGAGCUUGUCAUCCUCGCUGCCGACACUCAGCCUCUUGCCAUUCUCCUCCACCUCCCUCUUCUCUGCGAGGACAAGAACGUUCCCUACGUUUACGUCAGCAGCAAGAUGCACCUUGGCCGUGCCUGUGGUGUCAGCCGUGCUGUCAUUGCUGCUAGCAUCACCAGCAACGACGCCAGCGAGCUUGCUGGCCAGAUCCGAGCCAUGCGCGACAAGGUCGAGCGCCUCGCCAUCUAA